AUGUCAGGUUUAAAGUUCGCACUAUUCCAUGUCCCUCGAACUCAACUUUUAACUACCAAACUCAACCAUCCUUUUCUGCACCGCCGCACUUCUUUCUUCUCCUCCGCCGCCACCACCGCCACCGCCGCAGUAACUAUAUCUUCCGUCGACCAUCCCUGGCCUGAAUGGAUCUCAUUCGUUGACCGAUUGACCGCCAAAGGUUAUCUCUCCCAAUCUUCUUCUGAUGGCAGUGUUUACUCCAACGUCAAACUCUUGAAAGAUGCUUCUCUUAGCUUCGCCCGUGACCGUUACGACGUUUUCAAAUUGCUGUCAUCGGAAGAUAUUCAAGCUGUUGUUGAAGGAGGAUGUCCUAAUCUUCUCCGUAAAGCUGUUAAUUCGGCUAAAAGGCUGAGAGCUCAUCUGCGAUUAGAAGAAGGCGAUGUUUGUAGUGCUUGCAAUCUGCGAGACUCUUGUGAUAGAGCUUAUGUGAUUCUAAAAGAAUCUGAAGCUGAUGCUCGAACUGUGGAUAUUGUGCGGAUACUUUUGUUUUAUGCAGUAGACCCACUUGUUCUUUCUGGAGGAGAGAAAUCACCGGGCCGAGAAGUUAUUGAAUCAUCUGCAAGGCAACUUCUAUCUCAGCUGAUUGAGUUGAGCGAGGCAUCUCCUGCUCCUCCUCCUGUUCCUGCUCAAUCAAAGUCCACUUCAAAGGAUACCGUGGCAAAAAGUAAACCUCUAAGUUUUAAGGCAGAUAUGUUGUCUAAACACGUUGAGAUGAAGAGAGGCGACUGGACGUGUCCAAAAUGCAACUUUAUGAACUUCUCCAGGAAUAUGAAAUGCUUAAAUUGUGAGGAAGAUAAGCCAAAUAUAAUUGACCCUCCUGCUAUUGAAAUGAAGGAAGGAGAUUGGACCUGUUCUGAAUGCAGUUUUUUAAAUUUUUCCAGAAACAUAAAGUGUCUAAAAUGCCAAGCAGAGGGGCCCAAGAGGGUCAAUAAACUCAAUAUGAAUGAGGUUCAAAUGAAAAAGGGAGACUGGACAUGCUCACAGUGCGGGUUCAUGAACUAUGCGAGUAAUAUCAAGUGUUUGAAGUGUCCUGAGCCAAGGCCCAAGAAAAAUUCCGGGGAUUGGAAUUGUCCUAAGUGCAAUUUCUUGAAUUUUGCGACUAAAGGAAAGUGUUUUCGUUGUGAAGAGUCAAAUCCAAAUUCCAAGCAAUAUCCUGGAGAUUGGAGCUGUCCAAAAUGUGAUUUCUACAAUUAUGCAAGAAACACGAAAUGCUUGAAGUGCAAUAUUAAACAACCUAAAGAACAACCAAACAAUGAGUAUGAAGAGCAUAAUUGGAGGAGACGAAACUGA